AGACACUGCUGUUGGUGCUUAUCAUAACAGAAGCUAUAAUGUCAACCCCACUACCGAAAUCGAAGCGUAAAAGAAAACCACCAUCUCACAGACAGAAUAUACUUAAAGUGCAUAACUUCAGUCACAAUGCUUUGAAACUGAACACACCAACGAACAGUCGAAAGUAUGUGCUGUGGUCGAGAAAUGGUCAUGUCUAUCUCCAAGCAAAUAAAAAUCUCACGCCGGGCACGAAUCGAACGCGUGGACCACGAGGUAAAACUAAACCCUAUUUGGCUGUACACUAAAACUAAACUACACAUGUGAAAGUCUCACAUCUUGUCAAGAUGUGCUCGUAACAGGCUUGUUAACAAGUUGUAACAACGUUGUCAAGAUUGACACUCACAACUUGUUAACAAGUUUGUUGAGUUCAACAAACUUGUAGCAAGUCUAAUACAGGCACCACCUCUCUAAUACAGACACCCUCUAAUACAGACACUUCUCUAAUACGGACAUCUCUCUAAACACGAGAUCUCUCUGAUACGGACAUCUCUCUAAUACAGACACCACCUCUCCAAUACGGACAUCUCUCUAAUACAGACACCAUCUCUCUUAUACGGACACCUCUCUAAUACAGACACCCUCUAAUACAGACAUCUCUCUAAUUCGGACAUCUCUCUAAACACGACAUCUCUCUGAUACGGACAUCUCUCUAAUACAGACACCAUCUCCUUAAUACAGGCACCACCUCUCUAAUACAGACACAUCUCUAAUACUGACACCUCUCUAAUAAGGCAUCUCUUACUAACAAAAACCUCUCUAAUAUGGACAUCUCUCUGAUACGGACAUCUAAGACAGACACCACCUCUCCAAUACGGACAUCUUUCUAAUACAAACACCACUUCUCUAAUACGGACACCCCUCUAAUACAGACACCAUCUCUUUAAUACAGACACCACCUCUCUAAUACAGACACCUCUCUAAUACUUACACCUCUCUAAUAUGGCAUCUCUCUAAUACAAACACCUCUCUAAUACUACCAAUUCUCUCUGUCCCUUCUUAAAUAGGAUCGACUGAUAAUGAUAAAUUAGGGGUAUUUUAAGCAUAGCAGAUUUUCAUGAAUUAAAACGUUGAUAUUCCUUGUUUUUCAGCGAUGUUUGUAGGUGAAAUGAUGGCGACAGGCAUAGUGAGACUUAGAAAUACCGCAACAAAUAGAUAUCUCGCUAUCAAUCAGAGGGGACGGCUUCUAUUACAGGUAAAUAUAACUCAUAUAAUUCAUUUAAUAUUUCACUUGUUGCCAGCUGCACCACAAAUCAGCCUAUCACGUUUAGUUUAAGCACUACACACGUAAAAACACACAAGUUGUAAAAAAUCUGCAGCAGACUUGUACCAAUGCUGUUCCAACAACUUGUCAACAGGAUAUGUUCGCACUGCUUGUUCCCAGCUUGUCGACAAGUUGCCAACGGCUUGUUGACAACUUGCGCAAGAUUGUUAAGCUCAACAGACUUGUUACAAUUCAACAAUUUGUCAACAAGUUGUGAGCGGCAAGCUUGCAGCAACUUGAUAGAAUAACAGCAUUGUUACAACUUGUCGACAGCUCGCUACAAGCCUAUUGCGAACACAUCGUGUUACAAGUUGUGAUAUUUUUACGUGUGUAGCUAAAUAACAAUAAGUGAUGAAUCUGUCUGGACCUCUCGGGGGAACAGUUUAGAACCUCAGAGGACAACCUGAUUCCUUCCUAAUUUCGAUUUCUUUCUCUCUUCUAGCGAAAGGCUAAUGACGAUUGUCUGUUUCGUGAAGGAAUUGGAGAGCAAAGCUUCAAUACCUAUGCUUCGUAUAAAUACUAUAAGACGCAAAAAUUUGACAUUUUUAUCGCCGUGAAAUAUGGUGGGGAUAUAAAGUCGCCUGUAUCGACUGGCAUUGGCCAGAAAGCAAUAAUGUUCAACACGUUGCGAACUUAAUAAUGGGAUAAAUAUAUUGACAAAUGAAUCUGAGGGAAACAAAGAAUACACCAAGAGAAAUUUGGUCUAUUGGAACACCACACUCUACCGAUACAUCUUUUACAGUGCCUAUCAUCCUGAACUCAAAUUUAAAACUGGAUGUUGUAUAUGCUUGCGUAAAUGAAACCAAUGGCAGCCAUAUUAGACUGACCACUACAAAGCUACUCGCACUAAAAUGCUUGUAUAAAUCCCUGAUGUCAAGGAUGCUCUAUCCAGUGCUAAUAUAGAUCAGUGUAUCUGGAUGGCGGUAUUGUAUGGUGUUAGCGAAUGGACGUCUGCUGUUAAAUGUAUUUUUGUGGUAUUUAUUUAAGACUGAAAAUGUGUUACGGGGUGCGUAUUUCGUACAUUGCCCAUUAGAUGCAACACAAACACGCUUGCACUCUAUACGGUGUAUAAAGACAAUUUAUAAUAUUAUGCAUGCCUUGAAAAGGUUAACUUAUAAUUUAAUGUAAAUUAGAGUAAUAUAUAUAUAUACACGAUGUGUAAUAUAAAAUAUUAUAUGGAGUUUAUUAUAUGAAUAUGGUGUUGAAACAUUCAAACUAUAAACAAUGGAUUGCUGUGUUUUUCCAUAGAAGGAUUUUGGGCAUCUCGG